AUGGACGAAGAAGAAAAUAAUAAUGUUGAAAUACUUGAAGAAAUGCGUCGUGAAUUAGAUACUACCAAAGAUGAAGUACAAAAUUUAACCAAACAACUCAAUUGUCUACUUCUUCUAACAAAAAGUGCGUGGAAAGGCGAUGAAACAGCAGCAACACACUUAGCUCGUGUUAUUGGUAAGCAAAAAUUAGCAAAUGCUUUUAUUCAACCUUAUCUUCAAGUUCAUAUUGAUCCAAUACCAUUAAAAGCUUCUCGACAAUUAUACAAUGAAAUUGUUCAUCGUCAAAAUCAAUUAAAACCUAAUGUACCACGUCCAAUUCGUCCUCAAUCGUCAAGUGUUCGACCUCGAGCAAUUAAACAUUUAUAUCGUCCAGCAUCCGCUGAUAAAAUUGUCCAUCAUUUAGGCACACCAUCGAGUCGAGCAGCACCCUAUUUUGUAUUUGCUGGACAAGAAUAUUUUCGAAAAUCAAAUGAUUCACCAUCACAGCUAUUACGGCGCACAAAUCAUGCAUCAGCCAAUGGAAUUCAUUCAACAAAUCGUGGUAUCACUUCUCGUCAUUCAAAUCAUUCAAGUUUAUCCGAAACGUCAGAUGCAACAGAUUUUGUUGAAACACCAAAAGAACAACAACAACAACAACAAGUUUCAGAUGGAACACCGUUAAAUCUCAAUAAUCAACGGCGACCAUUAACAGCGGCUACAAAUCGUAGACGUUAUAAUCAUGUGCCACCACCAUCUCGUAAUCGUGUACAAUCAGCUACAGCCUAUUCAGAAUUCAUUAUUAAACAACCACUUAUUAUUGAUGCAGAAAAGGCUAGACGUGAAGCAUUUAAAAUGCAACGUGAAUUAAAUCUACCACGUCAAGGAUGGAUAAAUAUGAAAACUUGA